AUGAUAUCUGACUCUUAAUAAUCAUUUAAGGAUUUCGUCUAAAAUUAUGCAAUUCGACAAUAAUACAAAACAGUUAAAAAGAAUUAUCAAAAAUCUUAUUAGGAUUCUUUAAGGACUAAUUAAGAAUCAUAAAUUAAGUCGAUAUAAAUUGAAUAAAACUUAAGUUAUGCUCUCAGCAAUAGACGAGCAUCUAAUGGAGAUCCUUAAAUGAAUUUAAGAUUUUAACCAAUAUCCAGCACUAAAACAAGUAGUUCAGAAUUACCACUCUUUACUGUAAGGUAAUGGAGUUAGAAAAAAAAACCUAUGUACUUAAUGCGCAAUUCAUAAUUAUUUAAUGAUGUUAUUAGAAAAGCUAGCCACUAAAAUAUUUAAUAGUAAUUAGUACCAAUAAAAUCUCAAGAAUAAUUAAUAAAAGGUUAUCUUUAUUAGUUAUCAGAGAAACGUAAAGUGAUUUCAAAACCUUAAGGAACUGAAGAUCUUCUUAAUUUUGAAGUAGAUUAAUUAUAUAUUGAUAUAACCCGUAAAGAUAAUAUAUUGUCUCCUAAAUUUCCAAAUAAAAAUUAGUUUGGAGUUAAACUAAUUUUUAGGAAUUUAUUGGGAACUGCUUUUGACUAAUAAAUUUUUUUCGAUUUAAAUCGUUUAAGAGCAGUUCAUUUAGGUAUGCAAUUAACUCAUGCUCAUUUCUUUAGAUUUAAAUAUCAUUUUCUAAAUAGAUUUAUGCUUUUAAACAUCUCUACUGAAAAAAUGUUUAAUUGUUGUGAAAAAAUAGAAAAUAUGAGACCAUAUAUAUUGAAUGAAAUUUUAGAAUAUGAAAUCUAUGGAGGAGAGGAAGGAAUAUAAGCAAUAUCAAAAUCAAUGUAUCAAAAAAUCCUAUCAGAUGUUACACUUGCUCCUUAUUUUGAAAAAAUUGAUGUAGCAACUUAAGAAAUAAAAUUUGCAAGAUUAUUUUUUCAACUCAUUUAUCAUUUAGAUUCUCCAAAUUAUUCUUGUGAAACCUUAAGACAAAGACAUGUUAAAUAUGCAUUAACUAAUGUACAAUUAACAAAUUUUAAAUAUUAUCUAUCUUUAACAUUAUAAGAAACAAAAAUUCCUUGGAAAAAUAUUAGACUACUAUUACGUAGGAUGGAUAUUUAUAAAUACGCAAUAAUUAAUAAGAAAGAUCUCCAAUAUUAUGUGAACUAGCUAGGUUUUAACUAAUUCAUUGAAAACUUUAUUAAUAAUUGUUAAUAAGAUACAAUGUUAUCUGAACUUAUGUCUCGAAGAGGGAAACAAAGAUUUACAGCACAUUGCUGCAAUAUUUUCCAUUACUUUUUCAGAUACAAUUUAAAGGCUAUAACAAGAGAUGAUUUGCAUUAAAUACACUCAAAGAAAACUAUAAUAAAUGAAAGGAUAUUUGAGAAACUGAAGCAGAAAGCAAUUUAAGAAGUGAAAUUAUUAACAAAUGACACUUUAAUAAUAGAAGAUUUUAAAGAGGAUUGGGAAGAAAUUAAACCUAUUAUUCUAGGUGAAUCAAGAGGUCAAUUAAUUGUAAAUCUUGGAGAAGAUUUUUUAAUUUAAAAAGCUCAGAUGAUCCUAGAAUAUGAAUUUGAAUAAAGACAUCUUAAUUAUAUAUAUGAAACUGAAGAAGCAAAUAUGAGUUAAAGUAUUUUAUGUAAAUUAAAUCUGUUACUUUAUGGAAUUAGAUUUUUUAAGAAAUAGGAUCUGUAAAUAAUUCAUAAAAGAUUCAAAAUAACUUAUUCUUAAUAUUAUGAAUUUCAAUAGAGCUUUAAAGUAGCUUUACAAGAUUACAAAAUGUUAAAUUAUGUUCAUCAGAUAAUUGAAGAAUAUGAAAAAUACAUCGUUUGUGAUUGA